AUGGCAAUAUCGAGUCGAAGUCACGCCCGCCCUCCACCACUGCUCUCCACAGGUUCCUUCUCCGGCUUCCGAAGCACGAUACAGCAGUUAGGAUAUGGGUAUCUAUCGUCGGUGAAGGAGGACGGACAGCCGUUAUGCGGCAACGCCGAAGGAUGGGGGCCGUUGAGCAAGGAACGAUAUGAUUUCACGCCUUGCUUUAUGGAUGUUUGGGUCAGCACUGUGGCCGUGUAUGGGAUUCUGUUCGGGGCUGUUGCGGUGUGGUGGUUAGUGCGGCGGAAAACGAGGGCGGUGGUCGAGAGGGAUUGGUGUUUUUGGUGUAAACAUGCGAUAAUUGUAGCGAUUGCGGCAGCGGUGGUCCUCCAGCUCGUCUUCCAAAUACUGAACUACCCUGAAGUGUGGGCGGGCGAUUUCCGGUUCUGGACGAGCGUGCUAACGGUCUUGUCGCUGGGCGUUAUAUUCGCGAUUCAGUGGCUGGAGCAUACGCGGUUAAGGAAUCCGAACGGGGUUGUGCUGUUCUACUGGCUGUUCUUGCUUAUUGCAUGGUCAGUGAAGCUACGUAGCUUGAUCAGCCAACAGAUAUAUGCCAUCCAUUUGCCAUUCUUCGUGGCCUAUUGUGUAGGUUUUGCGCUGGCGUGGGUAGAGUUUGGGCUCGAGUGGUUGGUACCAAAGAAGAAGAGUGCGUAUCAGGCUCUGGAAGAUGAGGAUGAAUGUCCCGUCGAAUACGCCACCGUGUUCUCGAUCCUGACAUUCAGCUGGAUGACGCCUAUGAUGCGGCAUGGCUACAAGAAAUACCUCAUCGAAGACGACCUCUGGAACUUGGCCAAAAGGGACACCACUAAAUCAACAGGAGACGCCUUCCAAAAGGCCUGGGACCACGAGCUGGAAAAUAGGAAACAUCCCAGUCUCUGGAUGGCGAUUUUCAGAGCUUUCAGCGGCCCGUACUUUAGAGGCGCUCUUUUCAAAACCGUCUCUGACACUCUGGCUUUCGUACAGCCGCAGCUUCUCCGUCUGCUCAUCAAGUUCGUCACUUCAUACAAUAAAGGCGAAGAAGCGCAGCCAGUCAUCAAAGGCGCCGCCAUCGCACUGGCAAUGUUCGCUGUCUCAGUAGGCCAAACCAUGGCCCUACACCAAUAUUUCCAGCGUGCCUUCGAGACAGGGAUGCGGAUCAAGACCGCUCUGACUUCCGCCAUUUAUGGAAAGAGUCUGAAGCUUUCCAAUGAAGGUAGAGCGAGCAAGAGUACGGGCGAUAUUGUUAAUUAUAUGGCGGUUGAUACACAGCGGUUGCAAGAUCUGACGCAGUACGGUCAGCAGCUGUGGAGCGCCCCGUAUCAGAUUGUGCUUUGUAUGCUGAGUCUGUAUCAGCUGGUUGGACUGAGCAUGUUGGCUGGUGUUGGGGCGAUGAUUCUGAUGAUUCCGAUUAAUGGGUUGAUUGCGAGAUUGAUGAAGACGUUGCAGAAGAAGCAGAUGAAGAAUAAGGAUUCACGUACAAGACUCAUCGCGGAGAUUAUCAACAACAUGAAGAGUAUCAAAUUGUACGCCUGGGGCAGUGCUUUCAUGCAAAAGCUCAACUACGUACGAAAUGACUUGGAACUGAAGACUCUCCGAAAAAUUGGGGCUGCUCAGUCUGUUGCCAAUUUCACCUGGUCAACGACCCCUUUCCUAGUCUCCUGCUCUACCUUCACUGUCUUCGUCUUGACAAGCGACACCCCAUUGACGACCGACAUUGUCUUCCCAGCUUUGACACUAUUCAACCUUCUGACGUUUCCCUUGGCAAUCCUGCCUAUGGUCAUCACGUCCAUCAUCGAAGCUUCCGUGGCGGUUGGCCGCUUGACCGCAUUCUUCACUGCUGAAGAGCUGCAACCAGAUGCUGUCAUUCUGAGAGGUGCCGUUGACGAGCAAGGCGAUGAAUCGAUUUCCGUGAAGGAUGGAACUUUCUCUUGGGAUAGAUAUGCGAACCGCAAUGCACUUGAAGAUAUCAACUUCACUGCCGCGAAGGGCGAGCUUACCUGCAUUGUUGGGAGAGUGGGAGCUGGAAAGUCGUCCUUUCUCCAAGCCAUUCUUGGGGACUUGUGGAAGGUCAAGGGACAGGUCGUCAUUCAUGGAGCCACGGCAUACGUUGCUCAACAGCCUUGGGUCAUGAACGCGAGUGUGAAGGAUAAUAUUCUCUUCGGUCAUCGAUAUGACUCGAUGUUCUAUGAGCAGACAGUGAAGGCGUGUGCCUUGCUCGAGGACUUUGCACAACUGCCAGAUGGCGAUGAGACAGAAGUUGGAGAGCGCGGUAUCUCGCUCAGUGGAGGUCAGAAAGCUCGAUUGACACUUGCGAGAGCUGUGUAUGCCAGAGCUGACAUCUACUUACUUGACGACUGCUUGUCUGCUGUUGAUCAACAUGUCGGACGACACUUGAUUGACAAUGUGUUUGGACCCAAAGGAUUGUUGAACGGUAAAACAAGAGUAUUGGCCACCAACUCAAUUCCCGUCUUGAUGGAGGCAGAUUAUAUCUGCAUGAUUCGCGAGGGCAAGAUCAUCGAGCGAGGGACUUACAGCCAGCUCAUGGCGAUGAAAGGAGAAAUUUCUAGCCUGAUCAAGACCGCUGGAAAUCAGGAGUCUCCACUAGAAUCGGAAGCCAGUUCAAGCAACUCAUCAACCAUCAUCGAGCCUGAGCAGCUGGAUGACGCCGAGAAAGAGGACGAAAUGGAAGAGGCUCAAGAACGUUUGACACAGUUGCAACCCAUCAGAUCUUCAGGGUAUGGAGUCAAGAAACGUAAAGGCAGCACGACAACUCUGCGACGUGCAAGCACAGCCAGCUUCAAGGGACCUCGAGGCAAACUUCGAGAUGAGGAGGAGCCGUCAUCCCGGUCAAAACAAAGCAAGGAGUUUUCCGAACAGGGAAAGGUCAAGUGGGAUGUGUACCUCGAGUAUGCAAAGACCAGCAAUCUGUUCGCUGUAAUGAUAUAUGGUCUCAUGUUGAUCGGUGGACAAACGGCUCAAAUCGGGGGCAGCGUUUGGUUGAAGCAAUGGGCCGAAGCCAACGGCGAGGAAGGCAAGAAUCCGAAUGUCGGCAAGUACAUUGGGAUCUACUUUGCAUUCGGCAUCGGGUCCGCGUCCCUCGUCGUCGUCCAGACUUUGAUCCUUUGGAUCUUCUGUUCCAUCGAGGCGUCCAGAAAGCUCCAUGAGAGGAUGGCUUUUGCUAUUUUCAGGUCUCCGAUGAGCUUCUUCGAAACCACUCCCGCGGGGCGAAUCCUGAACAGAUUCUCAAGCGAUAUUUACCGCGUCGACGAAGUCCUUGCAAGGACGUUCAACAUGCUAUUCGUCAACAGCGCGCGGGCAAUAUUCACGCUGGCCGUCAUCUCGACAUCAACCCCGGUCUUCAUCGCGUUGAUUGUCCCCUUGGCGGGCGUCUACUACUGGGUCCAGCGAUACUAUCUACGCACAUCUCGGGAACUAAAACGACUCGACAGCGUGAGCCGGAGUCCCAUUUAUGCACAUUUCCAGGAGUCGCUCGGAGGCAUCACGACGAUUCGGGCGUACCGACAGCAGGCCCGUUUUGCGAAGGAAAACGAAUGGCGAGUUGAUGCAAAUCUUCGGGCGUAUUUCCCCUCCAUAAACGCAAACAGAUGGCUUGCCGUACGACUCGAGUUUCUUGGUUCGAUCAUUAUCCUCAGCGCCGCUGGGUUCGCCAUCAUCUCAGUGUCCACAGGAAGUGGGCUCUCUGCUGGGCUGGUGGGCCUGGCCAUGUCGUAUGCCCUUCAGAUCACCCAAUCACUGAACUGGAUCGUUCGUCAAACGGUUGAAGUCGAGACGAAUAUCGUCUCUGUGGAACGGGUUCUGGAAUAUGCACGCCUGCCAAGCGAAGCUCCCGAAGUAAUCCACAGGAAUCGACCACCAAUCAGUUGGCCUGCGUCUGGCGCAGUGAACUUCAACAACUACAGCACCAGAUAUCGUGAAGGCUUGGAUCUCGUUCUCAAGGGCAUUAAUCUGGAUAUCAAGCCUCACGAGAAGAUUGGCGUUGUUGGUCGCACCGGAGCGGGGAAGAGCUCUCUGACCCUUGCUCUGUUCCGGAUCAUUGAGCCAAGUGAGGGCAAUAUAAGCAUUGAUGCGUUGAACACCUCGACGAUUGGGCUGCUGGAUUUGCGGCGCCGACUAGCCAUCAUCCCACAGGAUGCGGCUCUGUUCGAAGGCACGAUCAGGGAUAACCUGGAUCCAGGACAUGUCCACGACGAUACAGAACUGUGGAGCGUACUCGAACAUGCCAGGUUGAAAGAUCACGUCGCCAGCAUGGACGGUGGCCUCGAGACUAAGAUCCAAGAAGGCGGAUCCAAUCUCUCCCAAGGCCAACGUCAACUCGUCAGUCUCGCCCGCGCCCUGCUAGCCCCCUCCAACAUCCUCGUCCUGGACGAAGCCACCGCCGCCGUUGACGUCGAGACGGACGCCCUUCUGCAGAACACGCUCCGCUCUCCCUUAUUCUCAAAGAGAACCAUCAUCACGAUUGCGCACAGGAUUAAUACGAUACUGGAUUCGGAUCGGAUCGUCGUGUUGGAGCAGGGCAGGGUGGUGGAGUUUGACAGUCCCAAGGCGUUGGUUGAGAGGAAGGGCUUGUUUUAUAAGCUGGUUCGGGAGGCGGGGUUGGUUGAUGGUGUUAAGUGA